CAUUCGACUUCAGUCACAUAUCAAAAGUCAAUUGGGAUCUGUAUUGUUCUGCGCAAGAGUUCUUUUUUAUCGGAGGCGGAAAUACAAACAUAUUUUUAAUUUGGUGCAAAAGAAAAACAGUGCGAAAUUUUUGUGUUUAAAAGUAGCGUGUAAGAAUCUUAAAGAACAAAUAUAUAAGUUUUGUGAAGUGUUAACCAGGCGAGAAGAUGACGAUCAUCACCAAACCAUCAAACGAUAAAAAUGCCGAAAAGUUGGUGCUUCCUUUGUUUACCGAUGGUGGACAAGGACAUGCCACCGCACCGUCUCUCUCAAUGAUAGACGAUGUGGAUACAACGAGCGCCAUACCGCGUCAACGAAAAUCAUCGGCAACGACAAUUUUCCUAUUUUUGUCCGCGUUAGCUGUUAUGUGCAUGGGAAUACUUGGCGGAAUCGCUAUCUAUCGAUUGUAUGUACCCUCUCAGGCCGAGAGGAUGCGUUUCCAUGGAUAUUGCGGUGUCCCAUAUGAUAGCCAAGCUGUGAAUGAUGCAGAAAUGCUUCGUGUCAAUAACAAUCUUCGCACUGGUGCAAACAACUAUCCGCUGGGCUUAGAGGAUUUCAAUAUGUACAGAGAUUUAGCUAGCAUUCUUCAAGACGAUCAAGUUAAGAACAGUUUCUUCCCCGAAGAAUUUGAAUUGGAUCUGAGUGAUGAUGAAAGCUACUCGAAAAUCAAUGUCCCACUCUUCAAAGGAGGAAGACGAGGCCGUUUCAUCCAUGACUUCAAGAUUAAUCAAACUGGCAUCAUUGACGGUGAUGCUGGGCGUUGCUUCAUCAUGCCGUUGGAUAGAGAGACAGUUUUACCCCCAAAAAGUCUCUACGAUUUGCUCAUUAAGAUGUGGGAUGGAUACUACAACAUUGAUACUGAACGGGUUCGCAAGAAUUUCCGCGUGGUUUUACCUGAACUUCCUGACUUAUCGAACGUGUCACCAAAGAUUGCUAAUGAAUGUAAAAAUAUGAAGGUCUACUGGUUAGAGAAAUUCACUUCGGGAGUUUUCAAGCGAGAUGCACAUAUCACCGACUCUGGUAAAUUUGGUGGUUUUGCCGGCAAGCACAUAGUCGAAGUUGAUUUAGUCAACAUCAACGAAGUUGAUAACCUCGAGAAGGAAUCUAAGAAGUAGAAGUGAUAAUAAUUUCAAAUAAAUUUUUAUUCUGGGGAGGAAUGAAAAAAGAUGAUUGUAGCCAGCAUCACAAAAUGAUAUAUUUUUUCUCUUUUUCUCUACAUUGUUACUGUUUCAAAAGGCAUCAUAUAAUACAAAUAACUAGUGCGUAAAUGAUACAAAAUCUUAGUGAAAGAUAAUUAAUCACCCACGAAAUUAUACUAGACUUGAAAAUUUCUCUUUGAUCUGUUUAUUAUUUUAAAGCUGAGGCGGAUGACGAUUUUGUUGUUCACUCUAUGCUGGAUCAGGCCAUUGAAUCUAUUAGUAUCCGUUGCAUUGCAUAAUAGCCUUUCCUUUACAAACUUUAGCUGUUCUAAAUUAUUUUAACAAUUUCAUAUCACUUUCUCAAGACCAUUUUGGCAAGAGUGAAAAAACUGAUAUUUUUAGCGACAUGUUUUAGCAAACAUUGACAAAGGCAAGAUUUGGUUUUUGAAAUCACAUCAUCAUGUUGCAAAGCAAGCAAACCAAAAAUUAGUGAGUUGCGUUUAAAUCAUUCCUAAAUAAUAAACAAUACAAUAAAUUCUACAAUUACUUGUAUAAGAAAUACACAAUGAAACUAUUUUUAUAGCCUUGAAUGAAGGAAAAUCGAAAAGAUUUAUCAAUAAAAGGCUUAAUUAUAACGAGAAAUUGUUUUUGUGCAAAAUACGAAAGUAUGCAAUCGGAUUUGAUUUCAGUUAGUGGCAUUUUAGUAAGUGAUAUGUGUUUAACAAUAUAAAAUUGAUCUAGGUUAUAUAGUGGACAUAUUUUUAAGGCAGCAACAAUACCAAUAAUGAAUUCUUUCCUUGACUAAUUUUAUAGAAUGCAAAAUAGAUUCUGCACAGCUCAAUCAGUUUAUUGUGCUGAUUAUGGUUGUCGUUUAUUUCGAGAGAACACAAAGAAAUUUACAGCAUUAGAAAUGAUUACUAUUUUGUCAUAUGAGGAAAGAACAAUAAAUUUAUCUGGAAAUUUAA